AAAUGCUAAGCUCUGACUCCUUGCCAUGGCUUCCACCUCUUUCCCGUUCUACCAUAAUUGCGAAGGCCCCUUGGCCUCUGUAGCAGCCUCCCUCCUCCAGGGUUGCGCCUCCUCGACCGGCGGUACCCUUCGCAAGGCUCGCCAACUCCACGCCCUCAUCGUCGUCGCCACCCCCCGUGGCUCCUCUCCCUUCCUCUUCAACAACCUCCUCUCCCUCUACGUGAAAUGCGGCGCCCUCAGCCACGCCCGCAAGCUCUUCGACGCAAUGCCCAGCAGAAACCUCGUCUCCUACAACGCGAUGAUUGCCGCCUACUCUUGGUACCCCCCCGGCGCUCAUUCUGCUUUCCACAUCUUCCGGGAGUCGCGCCUCGCCGGCCUCGGGCCUGGCGCUUCCACGCUUUCUAGCCUCAUCCGCGCUGCUGCUGCUCUUCGGGAGCCUCUGCUGAGCCGCGCCUUGCACUCCGUAGUCGUCAGACAUGGUCUCCUGAACAAUGUGUGUGUUCAAACUGCGCUUCUCGGGGUGUACUCUGACAGCGGAAGUCCUGAAGCUGCCGAGAGCAUCUUUUCUGAGAUGGGCGAGGGAGAUGUCGUCGCUUGGAAUGCUAUAAUACUAAGCAACGUCAAGCAUGGCAAGAUCGAGCAGGGUUUGCGGCAUUUUUUCCGCAUGAUCGAGACAGGCUUGGUGCCCGACAAUUCCACGUUUUCUAUAGUUUUCAAUGCUUGUGGGAGACUGGAGAACCCAAAUAGAGGGCGUAUCGUGCAUGCAAAGAUGAUCAAAUCAGAAAUGGAACCUGAUAUCCCGUUGCAGAAUGCACUGAUCAGCAUGUAUUCUAGCUGUGGAGACAUGACAACGGCAUUACUAGUUUUUGAGAGGAUCGAGAAGCCAGGCUUGGUCUCGUGGAACUCAGUUAUUGCUGGUUACUCAGAUGUCGGUGAAGGAGAGAAGGCCAUGGAAGUAUUCAUCGAAUUGCAAACUCUUUCCUUUUAUGGAGGGCCAUGCCCCGAUGAGUAUACGGUUGCCACUGUUGUUUCUGCUACUGCUACUUUACCCUCUAUAUGCUACGGGAAGCCUCUUCAUGCCCACGCUAUAAAAUCAGGGUUGGAAUUUAGUAUAUUUGUGGGAAAUACGCUGAUCAACAUGUACUUCAUCAAUGAUGAUCCCGACUCUGCUCGGAAACUGUUCAAUUGCAUUCAGAUUAAAGAUGUCAUAAUUUGGACUGAAAUGGUUGUUGGUCAUUCGAGAUUGGGUGAGGGUGAGUUGGCUAUGAAAUACUUUUACCAUAUGCUAGAGGAAGAGCACAAAGUUGAUAGCUUUUCUCUCAGCAGUGCAUUGAAUUCAUCAGCUGAUCUUGCAGUGCUGAAACAAGGGGAAAUGAUCCACUCUCAGGUGGUGAAAGCAGGAUAUGAAGCAAAUCUGUGUGUCUGCGGGAGUCUAGUUGAUAUGUAUGCUAAAAAUGGUAAUCUCGAAGGUGCUAGGUCAGUCUUUUACAGAAUAAAGGAUCCGGAUUUAAAAUGCUGGAAUUCGUUGAUUGGAGGAUAUGGUAAUUAUGGAAAUGCUGAGCAGGCAUUUGAGCUGUUCAAUAAGAUGGUUAAGAAAGGGUUACAGCCUGAUCAUGUGACCUAUCUGUCUCUGCUUUCUACCUGUAGUCAUUCUGGAAUGGUCGAGAGAGGAAGAUUUUACUGGUUCUGCAUGACGGCAGAUGGAAUAAUGCCGGCUUUUAAGCAUUAUACUUGCAUGGUAAAUUUGUUAAGCCGAUCGGGACUAUUGCAGGAAGCUGAAGGGUUCGUUAUGAGAUCACCUUUUUCUAAGUCUCCUGAGCUAUGGAGAAUCUUAUUGAGCUCAUGUGUUAUCUUCAGAAAUUUGGAAAUAGGUGUUCAAGCUGCAGAGAAAGUUUUGAUAUCAGAACCGGAUGAUAGUCCUACAUACAUAUUGCUUUCAAAUCUUUAUGCUUCUGUUGGCAGAUGGGAUGCUGUUGCUGGAAUGAGAAAACAGUUCAGAGGACUAAUGGUAGAAAAGGAACCUGGUUUAAGCUGGAUUGAGAUAAAAAAUGCAGUACAUGCUUUUUCUGCAGAUGAUAAUACACAUGUGCAUAUUAACGAGUGCCGAAAUGAACUACUUAGACUACAGGGAAAUUUAGUGGGAUCAAAAUCACCUGAUUUGCAGCUUUUCUACAGUAUGAUAUGCUAAGAAAGAGCUUUAUUUGCUGGCAUCCUUGCGGGUGUCGAAUGCAGGCCAAGCUGGUUUGCUUUUGAGUGACAAGAAACAAUAUUUUUGUCAGCAAGUCUAUAGUUCAUCUCAUGUGCCUGCUGCUCUUAUAUAAUCAAAUUGUUAAGUGAUUUUGUCAAAGAAAAAUCAAAUCUCGAACCACUUUCAUUCAAUCUCACCUUCAGAUUGAGCUAAUCAUCACCCACUUAUUAUAAUAUGAUUUUAGACCAGUCAGGCUCACCACAUCUCUCGCCAAAGCAUGUAUCUGACUGUUACAAGGGAAUGGGUGACAAUUUAUUGGACUGAUGGGGCAUUCUGUAUAACUCACUGAACCUGCAGCUUCAUUUAUCAUAUCACAAUAAGCUGAAUCCAUCGUAAAACAGCUGAUUUUCACUUCAACUACGUUGGAUGUCUUUUCUCUAUGCAAAGGAGGUUCUCACUUUGUUUCAGAAUGCAGAUGAUGAUGAUUCUCGAGGUGCAUCUAGUCGUAGUCCUUUUCAAAAGCAUCCUCCACAAGGAGAUUAGGACAAAAUAUAUCUGAGUGCACCACAUGGUGUAAGAAAAUAAGUGGAAUCAUUAUAUAAAUAAGGAUCAGCUUCAAGGAAAGUGCAACGUUGUUGCUUAAGCACUACUUUGUGAAACUAGCAUUCUAUAUUUGUUUGAAAAGAUAUACUAACAAGUUAUAGAUACUAGAAGAUAAUGUUAUCCAAAAAUCACUAUUUUGUCAUUUUAAGCAUUAAAUAGAGAGCAAUAGUUACUGCUAA